GAUAAGGAUCGCAAAUCUGCCAAAGAACAAUGGGCAAUAAAAUCUAAGCCAGGAAGUAGCGGAUCCACUUUUAGUAUUUAUAAUAAUACGUUUUCGGGCGGUUCUCAAAUAGGAACCAGUGAAGGCAAUUUUAGUAUUAAAGGGAAUCAUGAAAAACCUUCAGACCGCAGAUCUCCUCGACAAAUGAAACGUGUUAAUUACUAUGAUUCGGACAGAGAAAAGAAAUCGGGAAAGAUAAGGAGAGUAAGUAGUACUGUUCAUUCGCAAUCGAUGGAAUCUCCACCUGCACCUAAAACUCCACCGCAAACCCAUUUAACUCCAAUUGCAACAAUUCCGAAUAAGCGUAAAAAGGAAAUUCAGCGUUCCUCCAGAUAUUCCGAAUUAAAACAAGUUCAGAAGAACGACGACCAUAUUGAAGGAUGUUCUCCCGCUGAAAUUUGCAAGAAAUGUUGGUCGAAAAUAAAUGACCUCGAGUUAGGAGAUGAUGAUUUGUCCGACGACGAAUAUGAAGAAAGGUUGAUCGAAGCUAAUAUAGUAAACAUUAGCGCAAAUCGUUCUCUUGCAAAUAAAGAUCUCUUAAAAAUACUAAAAGAACAAGCAAAAUCCGAACCAUUUCUAGAUUUCAACAUUACUGGACUUAAAAAUUGGUUCAGAAACAAUUAUGCACGCAAGAUUGAUAAUACGAUAUCAAACCUUCAGGCAACCACAGCCAUAGAUGGGUUUGAUGAGAAACAAUUCGACCUUAUAAAACGAGUGUUGGAAUAUAAACUCAUGCAGUUGAGGGUAGGGCAUGGAGAUCAACUAGACGCAUUAAUGGAUGAAAACACUUAUACAUCGACAGUAAUAUCUCCAGAUUUUGAAUUUCUGAAGACAUGUUUUCCGGGUCUGUUUAUCUCACGAUGGAAUGAGAAUGAUGUUCCUUCUUCUAAAUGGCGACGUGAAUUGGUUUAUGGCACGGGUGCUUUAGCACGCAAGGCUGAUGGGAUUCUUUUUAAUUAUGACGACGAUGAUCAUGAAUUUUUCAUUUUUGAGAACAUCGGACCGCCUUUGGAGACAAAAAAUGGCAAAUAUCGUAAUGAUCUUCUAAAAAGCUUUCGGAAUUCUGUAGAUUCGUUAUGUAGAUUAUUUUGGGUGGAAAUGUAUUUUGUCCAACGUAUAGAGUAUGAAGGUGAGCUGUUUAGGGUGAAUUUAGGUGCUCCUAAAACGUUUGUUGCUGAACGCAUGCUGAAGGUCAACUAUUCCUUUAAAUAUGCAUCGUUCACUGGUAUUACUGAUAUCAUUAAACUCCUUUUUACUGUUAAGUCUGUGUUCGAAUCUAACAAGGAUAUCCUUUAUAAAUAUAACUUAUCAUGUAUGGAAAUGGACAAGAACUUUACACCA